UUUUGGAGACUCAUUAAAACUGCAAAGUUGUUUCGACUGGUAUGUGGAACCUCCCAUUAAGGGGAGUGGGAUGUUUUUUAUUCUCCCUGCAGUUCACUUAAAACAGUUCACUCACUACUACUGCAAAGAUUUAACUGGUAUGUGGAUGUUUGUCUGAGAAUUGCCAAGAUGUCCUCCAGUAAUACUUCAAUCGAUGACUACUAUGAAUCAGACCCGGAGUUGCUUGAAAUGAAAAAACAGUAUAAUUUUGUAAACACAAUCCGAAUGCUAUACAUCAUUGGAUAUCUUAUCAUCUGCACCCUCAGCCUGGUUCUCAACUUAUUAACCAUUAUUGCAGGCAGCUGGUACUGCAAGUCUGACACCGCUAAGUGGAUCAUUGCAUUAGCUGUGACCCAUUUGAUCUGCUCUGCAUUUCUGUCAUUGCAGAUUCUCUACAGCUGGUAUCACUUCAACUGGCACUAUGGAGCAGCUCUGUGCAAACUUUCCUCCUAUGUAUUUUAUGUCAGCAUGUUUUCCUCAGCAGCUAUACUGACUCUACAUAGUGUCGCUGAUGGAACUGAAUGCAGAAUAUCAAAGUGCAUGCCAUUCCACCAUUCAUCAGGGGUCCUGAUGAUGAUUUUGGGCUCCUGGAUAUUUGCAAUGUUCCUAGGCAUCCCAUCUUUGUACUUCAGAAGACUUCAAUACACAGACCUGGGGGAGGAGUGUGUCAAUAAUUAUGAUCAUACAACACAAACCAUCAUCAGCUGCUAUAGGUUCUUACUUGGUAUUUUGAUUCCUGCAUUUAUGAUUGGCAUCUGUUGUUGCUGUAAAAGAAUUCGCAUGGAAAAAAAAUUGAUGAAAAUCUUUGGUUUGAUAAAAGUGGCUUACUUUGUGUGCUGGACUCCCCUGUUAUUUAUAGGGCUCCUGCAGAACAAUCCAGAAUUUGUUUCUGAUUUCUCAUAUAGAGAUCCUGUAGUUACUGUACUGGCUGCAGCGCACUGCUGUGUCAACCCAGUGAUCUAUCUUUUGGUGAGUCUGGAUUUUAAAAUGCAGUGGAUGAGGCAAGCACAAUCUGACCAAUCAUCCAACAGUUAUAUCUGAUGCCUAGAGGUCUACUGACUAUAUACACUUUGCAUUUGCUAUUAUUCCAUAUGCAUUUAUUGUGUGCUUAUGCUUAUGCCUACACAGUAAUAAAAUAUAUAUAUAUGUAUAUAUAUAUAUAUAUAUAUAUAUGCAAAUGCUUCAUAAUAAUAACAAUACUAAUUGUUAAUACUAAUAAUAAUACUUAUAAUUAUUAAUUAUUAAUUAUUAUUAAUUUAAUUAUAAAUACUUAUUAUUAUCAUGCAUGAAGAUGAUGUGAAAGUAUCUUUGGUUUUAACAUUUGAACAUAAACAUUCAAAUAAUUGUAAAUGUUUUACUUUUUUUUCAAAAUAUAAACUAACACUUUUACUAGUUUAGUCCAAAUACAUUGAAGUGAACUGAACUAAAUACAAGAUCUAAACUUAAACCAAAAGAAGAUUUUGGUUUAGAUUUAUUAUGUUAUUUUUUACCAUCAACAUUUGUUUUUGUGAAUAUUAUGAGGCAUAAAUCCAGCAAAUGAAGAUUGAGGAAUAUGUUGUUAUAAAUACAAUAUUAUGUACUUUAAGAAUAUAACAGUAUAAUACACAUUAUUAUUAUACUUUUUUUAAGCAAAGGCACUGACUACAGUAUGUUGCAUAAUGUAGAGCUCUUCCUUUACAGGAAGCAAGAAAACACUUCAUUAUUUAAUAAACCAAAUGCACAUAUAUGUUAGACCAAAGAGAGGGAGAUAGAGAAAGAGAGAGGGAGAAAGACUGUUUGUGGUAAUAAUAACAAACAGGAGUUCAUGUUCUGAGUAAAGGAAUGAUUUGCAUUUGGCUUAAAGCCAUAUUUUUAUUUUGGGAUUUGACUUAUCAGCUUCCCAGAUGUUUUCUGGCCAUUGUUUAUUGUUAAACACACCUAUCCUCUGCACCACCCACAUUACUUUCACAUUACAAUUUGGGACUUGUCUUUCUCCCCUUGGGAGAUUUAUCCACUUUGCACAUGUCUACUUGGAAAUAUCAAGACAACAGAUAAUAAAAUAUAUUUGCCUGAACAAAAAAGCUUUUGCUUUUGCUUUUAACAAGAACCAACCAAACAAACAAAAGAAAUGUUUGCUUUUCACUUCUUUCUGGUGCAGUUCUUAUGUUGUUAUAAUGACAGUCUUAAGCAUAGAUGCACAGAUGUAUAUUAGUUCUUUAACAGUUAUUUCCAGCAUGUUUGAACUUGGCCUAGUACAGAAAGUGUCACAAAAAGUGCCGUAAAAAGAGGAUUAGCUUACUUUAAAAAGGUUGUAGGUUUAAAAAACCUACAAAGCUUACUUUAUGUGUUGCAAAAUGUGUUCGAUCCAGAGUGUAAAUGGAAUGUGAUCCCAGUCUUCCACUCUGACCUCAGACUGAGCCAAAUCACAUUCCAUUUACACUCUGGAUCGAACACAUUUUGCAACACAUAAAGUAAGCUUUGAAACAGGUUAUACAUUGUAUGUCUUAUCUUAGGAACCUUCAUUACUUAUUGUUAGAUCUAGAUAUUUAACUAAAGCAAACAAAAACUGUGAACAAUUCACUUUCAAAUUUGCAGGCUCAUUACUACUACCAUGUACUUCAGUAAUAAUAAUACUAAAUAAUCAGUAUUUUAUCAUGAAAGAAGAUGAUGUGAAUAAUAUAUUAUACAGAAGUACUAAUAGAAAUAACAAAAAUACUGUACUAUUUAUGCCAAUACAUGCUUGUUGUAGUAGCUGCAGUGUAAAUGAAAAAACCUUAAUUAAGCAUGAAUAUUUACUAUCACAUAAUACUAUCAAUAUUAUUAAUAUAAAAUUGUGUUGUUAUAUUUUGCAUUAAAAAUGAAAGGUAAUGAUAAAUGUUUCACUAAUUCUGAGCCAAUACAUUGUACCUCUCAUGUUUCGCCUAGGGUUACUCCUUGUGUAUAAGUACCCCUGUUUUGUCAUCAUUAAAUUUAAGGAUCUUAAGCACUGCA